AUGGUUCAAGAUAUCGAAACUGUGCUGGUCAUCGGCGCCACCGGUAACAUUGGCAUUGCCGCCAUCUUGGGCGCCCUGCGGUCCGGCCGCAACGUCCUCGCCAUUAUCCGUAACCAAGACUCGGCCAAAAAGCUGUUCGAGCACCUGAGCGAGGGCCAGGAAAGGGUUACUGUUGUCGAGGCCGAUGUCAUUUCCGACCAAGGCGUCCAGGGGGUUGUGGACAAGGUGCGCGCGGGAACGCUACCGGCCUUUCAGCAUGUCUUCUCCUCUGUGGGGGGCGGAUACACUGAAAAGACCAUGCUUGAGACCACCACCGCGGAACUCCGGGAGUUCAUGACACACAACUUUGAAUCCAACUUUUUCGCCUACCGCGCCACCAUCCCCUACCUCCUCGAGCAGAAGGACAAGCAUUGUACCUGGACCACGUGCACCGGCUCUCAGGGCGACGUGGGGGACCGCGCUCUACCGGCAAUUUCCCAAGGCGCCAUGUUCUCCAUGGCCUUCUCGGCCUGCAAGAGCCUCGCCGAUACCAACGUGCGUUUUAAUGAAAUCUACCUCGCCCAGCGCGUCGAGGUCGACAUCGUCGCUAAGCAGCACGGCACCAUGAGGUCGUCUGUCUUUGGGCGCGUCUACACCAACAUACUAGCCAAGACGGACGUCAAGGGAUGUCGCGUCCGUGUCGAAAGCGAGGACGAUGUGGACAGCCUCAAAACCGAUCACAAGGCCUGA